CCGUGCGGUGGCAAGAAGCGGCGGAGCUGCGGCGGCGACGGGAACCCUGAUUGCUGUCCUUCAACGUGUUCAUUAUGAAGUUAUUAGUAAUACUUUUGUUUUCUGGACUUAUGACUGGUUGUAGAGGUAACUCUUCAUAUAGUUUGCCACCCAAGUUACUGCUGGUGUCUUUUGAUGGCUUUAGAGCUGACUAUCUGCAGAACUAUGAAUUUCCUCAUCUCCAGAAUUUUAUCAAAGAAGGUGUCUUGGUAGAACAUGUUAAAAAUGUUUUUAUCACAAAAACAUUUCCAAACCACUAUAGCAUUGUGACAGGCUUAUAUGAGGAAAGCCAUGGCAUUGUAGCCAAUUCCAUGUAUGAUGCAGUCACAAAAAAACAUUUUUCUGAUUCUAAUGACAAGGAUCCUUUUUGGUGGAAUGAGGCAGUACCUAUUUGGGUGACUAAUCAGCUUCAGGAAAACAGAUCGAGUGCUGCUGCUAUGUGGCCUGGUACUGAUGUACUCAUUCACAAUACCACACCUUCCUAUUUUAUGAAUUAUAGCAUGUCAGUGUCAUUUGAGGAGAGAGUAAAUAACAUUACGACAUGGCUCAGCAAUUCGAACCCACCAGUCACCUUUGCAACACUCUAUUGGGAAGAACCAGAUGCAAGUGGACACAAAUAUGGACCAGAAGAUAAAGAAAACAUGCGCAGGGUAUUGAAAGAAAUAGAUGACCUCAUUGGUUACCUAGUCCAAAAGCUCAAGAUGUUAGGAUUGUGGGAAAAUCUUAAUGUGAUUAUUACAAGUGAUCAUGGGAUGACUCAGUGUUCUGAGAACAGAUGGAUAAACUUGGAUCUCUGCAUCGAUCGUUCAAACUACAGUCUUAUAGAUUUGAGCCCAGUUGCUGCAGUGCUCCCCAAAAUAAAUAUAACAGAGGUUUAUGAGAAACUGAAAAACUGUAGCCCUCACAUGAAUGUUUAUCUCAAAAAAGACAUUCCUAACAGAUAUUAUUACCAACAUAAUGAUCGAAUUCAGCCAAUUAUUUUGGUUGCUGAUGAAGGCUGGACAAUUGUACUAAAUAAAUCAUCAUCAAAAUUAGGUGACCAUGGUUAUGAUAAUUCUUUGCCCAGUAUGCAUCCGUUCCUAGCUGCCCACGGCCCUGCAUUUCACAAAGGCUACAAGUAUAGCACCAUUAAUAUUGUGGAUAUUUAUCCAAUGAUGUGUCACAUCCUGGGAUUAAAACCACAUCCCAAUAAUGGAACCUUUAGUCAUACCAAGUGCUUGUUGGUUGACCAGUGGUGCAUUAAUCUCCCAGAAGCCAUUGGAAUUGUUAUUGGUGCACUCUUAGCAUUAACCACUCUAACAUGCCUCAUAAUAAUCAUGCAGAACAGACUGUCUGUACCCCAUCCGUUUUCCCGACUUCAGCUACAAGAAGAUGAUGAUGAUCCUUUAAUUGGGUAACAUGUGCUGGGAUUUAUACAAAGUGUCUUUGCAUAAUCUCAAAACUAAGGAUGUAUCCUAGGAAUGAUGUUUUAACCUUUUAACCCUGAAAAAGUAUACUUUGAAAGACAACUUAGACCAAACAUGCUAAAAUUACUUUUUUCCCUUGUGUUUUGUUUUGGUUCAUUAGUAAUACAAAUAACCCUAUUCAUAGUAAAAAUGCUAGUAAAUCAGUUAACACCACCUAUUUCUCUAAUUAGAAAUAGCUUUUGAGAAAAAUACUCUGCUUUCUUUUUCUCUUUGCAAUGAAGAUGAUACAUCUUUAAAAUGAAAAUAUACCAAAUUUAGUAGAUGUGUUUUUCUAAUAAAUUUAUAUAUUUGUAAAUGAAAAAAACA